AUGCAUCAGUUUCAAGUCCUGUCCCAUACUCUCUUGCGUAUGGCCGAGGAGCGCAUGCCAGGCAUUGGUCAAACAACGGCACCUUUAUUCUCAAACAUUGGGGAUACCUCUGGGAUGACUGGUGCCGAGAUAGCCGUCUUGACUGGUGAGCUGACGGAGGUUGGCUGGGCAGCGCUGAAACGGAUGGAUGCUUUGAUGAAGAACAAGACGCACAUGAAGGCAUUUAUCAAAAAUUCAGACGAGUUAUCAAUGUUACUACUCAAGGAACAAUCCUUUGAGAUUGUUGGAAUGCUUGAGAAUGCAAAUAUUCUGGCUGCUCAAAAACAGAUACAAUAA